AAUAAAGGCUGGCCCUUUUCUCGCAAUUCUCUUGCUCCAUUAACACCACCAACAACCCGUACUACUCCUCAUUGAUUCUCUCUCUCCCCUUAUCCUUAAUCUUUGUUUAAUGUAAGCGAAGUAGGAAAAGAAAAGGCGGGGUCUGUUAUUUAUUUUUUGUCAGAUUAGGGUUUUUUUUACCUCUUAAACACAGUCGGAUACACAUAAAUGGAAUCAUCAGAUUAAAUUCAAUGACAGCCAGCAUGGGGGAGUGGAUGCUAAAGUUUGGAUUUUUGGAUCAAUUCUUUGAUGGUUUCACUCAAGUUUAGGGGAGAUUGCAUGUUGUCGAUAUGCAAUUUACUUUGUGAUUUGUAAAGAAAUAGAUGCUGAUAUAGGGAGUUUUUGGUUGCUUUGUUUCCUGGUUUUAAUCAGAGUUUGAUAUAAAUCACACCUUCAAUCAAUAAUAUCUGUCAGCUUCUGCUGGAUUUUGUGUUGAAGAUGGAGGGUCAAGUAGCUUUUAGUGAUGGGUCUUCAGCGAUUUUAGUCAGGGGGGGAAUGAAAUUGGAGGGGGACGAGGAAGAAUUCCGUAGUUGUUGUGAAGAUGAAGAAGUGUGGAAAGAGAUUGAAGAAAUAGUGAAGAAGAGCCAAAGGAAGAUUUUGAUGAAUUUUCAGUGAAGAUGUUUUUCAAGGGGAUGUCAGUUGCUGAGGAUGGGGACUCUGGUUCUUGGUUCUCUGGAAUUGGUGUUCUCAUGGAAAGGACUGAAUAUGUUCCUGUUAUUCAGGUGCAAAAGAUGCUCGACUUCUAUGUGGAUGAAUCUGUUGCUGACUAUUUGGCUCUCAUGGAUGGUCUUGCUGAAGCCAUGCAGAACAAUAUCCGCCGUGUGUAUGCGUUCACUGACUCUGAACUGUUAUAUGAUCAGCCUUGAUACCAAUCUCGAGUCCAAAUCCACCUGCACUCUAGUGCGACAAUAUAGGAGCCAUCUACCUAACAGCCAAUCCUCUCUAUCACUCACGCGCGAAGCACAUCGAACUGGAUAUUCACUUCGUGCGUGAUCAGGUUGCCCAACAUCAACUCCAGGUUCGGUUCAUCUCAAGCAUAGAUCAGAUAGCUGAUUCAUUCACCAAAGCACUCCCAACUGCACGGUUCUGCAAUCUCUGAGACAAUCUCAAUGUUCAUGAGCUCCCAUUGCAAUUGAGAGGGCGGUAUGGCACUACUGACUCUCAACAAACGGAUAAACCUCAACAACCAGAUAAAGAAUCUUAACAAAUAGAUAAAGUUCAAGUUCAAAACAAACGAGAAGAUGAAGAUCACGGAAGCAAACCCAGAAAAUAACAAACUCUUGUAAAUUUAAAUACUUUCAAAUGUUUGUAAUAGAGUUUAUUUUAUCCAAAAAAAAAAAAACCCUAUAAAUAGAACAGCAUGUGAUCCUCCUAAACAAGUGAGGAAAACGUUUCUACCACAUAUAUAUUAUUUCUUAACUCUUUAUUACCAACUACUAAGAAAUAUAACUAGAGAACCAUCAUCAUCAAUGGCUACUUCAAAUCCAAAGCCCUCAAUCAUUUCCAUCUUCUUCAUUAUCCUUUCAUUCUUAACACUUCAAGCUGAAUCCGUAGUAAAAGAGGGAUGUGUAGAAGAAACAAGCUCUUGCAAUGACAAAGCUAGAGCUUUAACCCUAAAGAUAAUAGCCAUUGUCUCUAUCUUGGUUACUAGCAUGAUAGGUGUAAGUGCACCUCUUUUUACACGUUCAAUCCCUGCUUUACACCCAGAUCGAAGCCUUUUUGUGAUUGUUAAAGCCUUUGCUGCUGGUAUCAUUCUUGCAACUGGGUUCAUGCAUGUGUUACCAGAUUCUUUUGAUAUGUUAUCUUCAAGUUGUUUGCCAGAAAAUCCAUGGCACAAGUUCCCUUUUACUGGGUUUGUAGCAAUGUUAUCUGCCAUACUGACACUAAUGGUGGACUCAUUGGCCACUAGUGUGUAUAGCAAGAAGUCUACCGUUGGAGUUAACCCUGAGAGUAAUACUCAUGGUGCUGAACCAGAUGAAGAGAUGGCUGUUGGACAUUUCCAUGGCAACGGUCAUGGACACCAUUAUGAGGCCAAACUUGCUGGUGGUGCAAAACAAUUGCUUCGGUACCGGGUUGUUGCCAUGGUAUUAGAAUUGGGCAUCAUUGUGCAUUCAGUUGUGAUAGGCCUCUCUCUUGGAGCCUCAAGCAACACUUGUACAAUUAAGGGCCUUGUAGCUGCUCUUUGCUUCCAUCAAAUGUUUGAAGGAAUGGGUCUUGGUGGUUGCAUUCUCCAGGCUGAGUACAAGCCUUUCAAGAAGGCAGUCAUGGCAUUUUUCUUCUCAGUAACAACUCCUUUCGGGAUUGCACUUGGCAUUGCACUGUCCAAAAUGUACAAGGAAAACAGUCCUAAUGCUUUGAUCACUGUUGGUUUGCUCAACGCAUCAUCUGCUGGACUCUUGAUUUACAUGGCAUUGGUUGAUCUCCUAGCUGCCGAUUUUAUGGGUCCAAAAUUGCAGGGUAGCAUUAAGCUCCAGGUUAAGUCUUACAUGGCUGUACUUCUGGGAGCUGGCGGCAUGUCUCUAAUGGCGAAAUGGGCAUGAAAUGGUUCGUCAGUUUCUCGUGGAAGAAUCCGCCAAGUCUCCCAUGUCAUAUUAUUACUCCAAAAUUGUGUCUAAAAAAAAAAAUUGUGUCUCCUGUACGACUUUCCUUCAAAGUUGAGUAUGUUUUUUAGUUUUUUUUCUUAUUGCAAGUUCAAAGUUGUUUUUGUUUUAUAAGUGUGUCGUUUCAUAAUUUCUUUUAAAGAAAGAGAAGUUUCAUAAUUUUGAUGUUUCAA